UGAGGAUGGCUGCGCCUCUCUCCUUCCCGCUGCUGGUCGAGGGGUCCUGGGGCCCCGACCCCCCGAAGAACUUGAGCACUAAGUUGCAGAUGUACUUCCAGAGCUCCAAGAAAUCCGGCGGCGGGGAGUGCGAGGUGCGCCCUGUGCCCGGGACCCCGCCCCGCUUCCUGGUGUUGUUCUCCCCUGAAGACGUUCGGCAGAAAGUUCUAGAAAAAGAAAACCAUGAGUUGGCAUGGCCAGGAAAUGGACCAUUCAAGCUAACUCUCAAGUUACCUCCAGCAACAGAUGAAGCUCAUUAUGGGAGAUCAAGUACUGCAAAGUUUCAGGAAUCCAAGUCUAAAGACAACGUCAAACAACCAGAUGUAUCAGAAGAAUCAAAUAUAAUCUGCUCUGUCAGUAGAAGAUCAGAAAAUACUAAAGACACCUCAAAAGAACCUCUCUCUUCCUUGGUUGUAUUUGAAAACCUCAAGAACAAUGUGAAUGAUAUUAUGUUGACCUUGUUAGUGGAAAAUGUAAGUGGCCUGUCCAGUGAUGACUUUCAAGUGGACAUAAUACAAGAUCUUAACAUUGCUAUGGUGACCUUUCGAAAACAUUUAGAUAUCAUAAAAUUUAUUGGUGACUGUAUCCAGAACUGUAUAGUGAAAAACCUUCAGCUUUCUCCACGACUUCUGGAAGUUACAAAAACAAUCAAGGUUGAAAACGUGCCACCUGGUGUGGAUGAGAAGAAUUUAAAAGAUUUAUUUGAAAAUCCUCAGAAUGGAGGGGGAAGAGUUGCCAGAGUUAAAUGUUUUCCUAAAGAUAGUUCAGCUCUAGUUGAAUUCUUUGAUAGAAAAGUCCUAGAUACCAUCUUGACCAAGAAAUUUGAACUCAAUGAUGUGCACCUCUCAGUGUUCCCAUACUACGAAUCACUGGGCAUAGCCUUGUAUGGAAAGGAGAAACCUCUGAUUAAGCUUCCAGCACCAUUCAGAGAAUCCCUGGGCCAACCCUUAUGGAAGUUCUUGCAGAAAAAGAAUAAUUUGAUUGAAGAGAUAAAUAAGGAAAUGGCACAUUGUCACUGUGAGUUAUCUUGGUCCCAAUUCAAUGGGGAAGUUACCAUCAUACCUACAGCCACUUUAAACAAUCAAGGAAGAGAAACAAUAAAUACCUGGCAGCAAGAUGCUGCUACAGUAUUCUCUGGCCUUAGGUCUAAAUACAAAGUCACCUCAUUUAAGGCAGACCCAAUCACUUGGGACACAAUUAAGAAAACGAUAGAAGACAACAAUCUUUUAAUUGAGUUUGAUACACUUCUGGAGACUGUUACCUUGGUGGGAAGAUCGGAAGAUGUAGAAGGCACUGAGUCAGAAAUCAAGGAAUUAGUAGAAAAGACAGCUCAAAAGCUUAGCAGAAGACAACAAGGUCUGAGUGAAAAACUGGCUGUUUCUCCAGGGAAGUAUUCUCUGUUGUGCCAAAGUGAGACACUGAAGUGUAUCCAAACCAAAUACCCAGAGAUUGAGAUGGUUUAUGAUGAUGCCUCUCAGCACAUGUGCCUCAAAGGAUCCCUCCCAGAUGUGUAUAAAGUCAAGUAUGAGAUCCAGGAGAAGGUAUACAGCAUGUCCCAGAAGGACAUUCAGGUUUCCCCUGAAGUUUUUCAAUUUUUGCAACAGGUAAAUUGUAUAGAAUUUUCUAGGUCUCUUUUUAUAGCACAGAAAAUACUUGCCAUUUAUGAGUUACAGUCUACAACUAUUCUUUUAACUAGCUGUUCUUCUGAAGGCCUAGUAGAAGCUGAAAAGCAAGUAAUGAAUGCCUUAACUUAUAAGUGCAUAGAGGUCGAGGACAGAACAGUUCUUCAUGCAAAGAAAUGGAAAGAACUCAUCAGUAGAUUGCAAAAGUACCACACUUCAUCAAAAUCUGUAGUAAUUCAUGAGUUCAUUUCAGAAACUGCCUCCAAGGUCGUCAUAGCAGGUUGUGUGAGAGAUGUAAAUCAAGUCCAUGCUUCCCUUCUCGGCUUCCUGGAAAAAAACACAAUAAUCAAGAAGUCAAUUGAAGUUAAACCUCCCUUAGCUUUUUAUUAUUUAAAGUCAGAAAAGAAAGCACUCUGGCAACAGUUAAAGUCAAAAAAUUUGCAGGUGCAAUUUAAUUCAGAAAACUACCCAAAGAGCAUUUUACUAACCGGCCCCAAGAGCCAAGUUGGGGAGGGAAUCAACCUCAUUAGGCACGCUCGGGACUCAGUCUGUAUUAAAAGCAUCCAGAUUGACAAGCCAGGAGCCAGAAAAUUCUUUCAGGAAAAAGCUUGGUUUUAUAAAAGUGAGGUGAAACGGCUAUUUGGUUGUUUUACUGAACUUCAGAAAAAUAAAGGAAAGGAGGGAGUUGACAGUGACAGGCAGGAGUUCUACCUCAGGACAGAUUUGGCCCAGGGGGUAUCACUGAUUGUGCAACAGGGUGAUCUGGCCCGAUUUCCGGUGCAAGUGGUGGUGGUUGCAGCUAAUGAGGAUCUAAAGCAUAACUGGGGCCUUGCGGCUUUUCUUUCAAAAGCCGCAGGCCCUGAGCUCCAACAUGAUUGUGACCGGAUAGUGAAGAGCCAGGGCAAGAUUCUUCCAGGCUCUGCCACCAUCUCCAAAGCAGGAAACCUCCCAUAUGACCACGUGAUUCACGCAGUAGUACCCAAGAGGGAGAAGAAUAAGGCUAAGAAGUGUGCGGACCUAUUAAAAAAAGCUGUACUAGAAAGCCUGCAUUUGGCUGAAAGCCACAAAUAUAGGUCCAUCGCUAUCCCUGGAAUCUUGGGCUUUCCCUUACCACAGAGUAUGGAUGCCAUUGUUUUGGCCAUCAUGGAAUACUCCCGAUUAAUUUCAGAACAACACGCCUUGAGUGAAAUUUAUCUAAUAGAUGCAGAUGAGAAAAAAGUUAAAGCCUAUGCUGAAACUGUAAAAACUAAGUUUCAAAAAGACUUACCUCCAACUGUAUCCAAGCCAGCUCUCAAUCCUCUGGCUCAUUCCAGCAACCCCUGGAAGGAUUAUGAAGACAGACAAAUUCUAUGGACCCCAGAAGGCAUGAAGGUCCUGAUGGUUAAAGGAGAUGUGCAGAGUGCAAGGACUGAAGUUAUUGUCAAUUCCAUUUCUUCGGAUCUUGAACUUGAUAGCGGGCCCCUUUCUCGUGCCUUCUUGAAAAAUGCUGGGCUAGAGCUGCAGAAAGAAUUAAAUAGAGCUGGAAAGAACACGAUGGUGGAGGUGGGCACAGUUCUUCAAACAAGUGGCUGUAAUCUGUCCUGUCUUUGUGUAUUUCAUGUGGUGGCUCCCAAUUGGAGAGAUGAUAGCGCAUCUGCACACAGGAUCAUGGAAGACAUAAUCAGAAAAUGUUUAGAGAUCACUGAGAGCUUGUCCUUGAAAUCAAUUACAUUUCCAGCAAUAGGAACUGGAAAUUUGGGCUUUCCUAAAAAAGUUUUUGCAGAGUUGGUCCUCUCUGAAGUGUUUAAAUUUAGUAGCAAGAACCAAGCAACAACUGUACAAGAGGUUCAUUUUCUCUUGCACCCGAGUGAUCAUGAAAAUAUUCAGGCAUUUUCAGAUGUAUUUGCCCAAAGGACAAGUGAAAAUUUCUGCAGUGACAAAACUUUUCAGGCUGAAGAUGCUCAAGAUUUCUAUGGGAUGGUUUCUAGCCCUUCCAAAGAAAUACAUCAGAUGAAGAUUGGUCCCAUCAUUUUCCAGGUGGCUACUGGAGAUAUCACCAAAGAAGAAGCAGAUAUAAUUGUAAAUUCAACAUCAAACACAUUUACUCUCAAAACAGGUGUCUCCAAAGCAAUUUUGGAAAGUGCUGGAAAAGAAGUGGAAAUGCAGUGUUCUCUUCAAGCUCGACAGAGCAAUAGUGAUUAUAUUGUUACUGAAGGUGGAUUGUUGAAGUGUAAGAAUAUAGUUCAUGUCAAUGGUGGAAAAGAUGUCAAGAAUUCCAUUUCCUGUGUUUUGCAAGAAUGUGAAAAACGGAAUUAUUCCUCCAUUUGCCUCCCCGCUAUAGGAACAGGACAAGCCAAUCAAGACCCAGUCAAGGUUUCCGACGCUAUUAUUGAUGCUAUUGAAAACUUUAUCAGAAAGGGAUCUGUUCAAUCCAUGAAGAAAGUUAAAGUUGUUCUGUUCCAACCUCAAUUACUAGAUGUAUUUUAUGCCAGCAUGAAAAAAAAAGAAGGACCCCAGGUCUCUCCACAAUCAUCUAUAUCUCAAGUUGCAUCACAUUUGGCUUUUGUAAAACAACUUUUUCUGAAAAAGAAUUCCUUGGUUUUGGAAAAGAAAACUGAACUGGUCAUUUUUCGAGUGUGUGGGGACGAUGUAAAACAGGUAGAAAAUGCUCUCUCUUGGAUAGAGGAGCUGAUAAUAAAGGAACAGUAUUCUUAUAUCAAUGAAGAUGAAUGUAUCAAGGACUUUGAUGAAAAGGAAGGUCAGGAAUUAAAUGCACUGCAGAUGAAAUUAAAUAUUGCUAUUGUCUUGGACCAUAAGAAAUCUUGGAUAGAGGUUUGUGGAAUUAGCAGAGAUGUGAUGGAGGCUAGAAAUAAGAUUGAGGAAAUGAUCAAGAGAGUUAGAUUGGACAAAGAACAAGACUCCAGAGCUGAUUGUAUCCGUGAAUUUGUAGAAUGGAAAUAUAAUGACAACGGGGUUUAUCAUCGUUUUGACAAACUAACCAAUAUGCAAUUGGAGGAGGCAAAAAGAGCAAGGAAAAAGACAAUUGAUGUCAAAAUUAAACAUCAGACCUACACAGUAGACUUAACCACACAGACUGCCGCAAAUGCAAAGGGAGACACAUUGCCUAUUCAGCGUCUCAAGAAAGCUGAAGUUGAAAUUCCUUCACACUGGAUUGAUAUGAAUAAAAAGAAUGUCUGCAUUGUUAACCUACCAUCUAGUCACCCAGAAUACAUAUAUGUGGCAAACCAGUUUAAUAAGACUUGCUCAACCUUCAUCAUAGAGAAGAUUGAGAGGAUCCAGAAUCUAGAUCUCUGGAAUAGCUACCAGACAAAGAAAAAUAUCAUGGAUGUCAAGAAUAGCAAUAUAAUAAAUGAGAAGCAACUCUUCCAUGGAACAGAUGCAGACUCAGUGCCUCUUGUAAACAUAAAUGGCUUUAACAGAAGUUAUGCUGGAAAGAAUGCUGUAUUAUAUGGAAAAGGAACAUACUUUGCUGUUGAUGCCAGCUAUUCUGCUGAUGACACAUACUCCAAACCAGAUGCCAAUGGAAAAAAGUAUAUGUACUAUGUCCGAGUUCUCACUGGAGUUUAUACACGUGGGAAUGAUUCCUUAAUUGUGCCUCCUCCAAGAAAUCCUCAAAAUCCUACUGAUCAGUAUGACAGCGUCACAGACGACGUGCAAACUCCUACCUUAUUUGUGGUUUUUUAUGACUAUCAGGCUUACCCGGAAUAUCUCAUUACUUUUAAAAAUUAACAUU